UAACAGCAGACAACAAACUUAUCGCUACUUGACAACGGGCAACCUGGACGCCUUGAACUUGCAUACUGACGGUACGCACGCUUGUGAGUUUCAGUAGCCACGACUCGGAGAAAUGUUGAUCCUCACGCUCACUCACGCUGACAAACACCCUCGGACGCCAAGCGAUGUAUUGGAGCCAGCCCUUGUGGGUAGACUCAACGAGGCAUGCAGCUCGCAAGUGUUGGGAAUCUGCACUGUUGCAGCUGGGCUAUUGUCACUGGAAUACUACAGAAAUGUUUUACAAAUCAACUUCCCAGCUGCAGGCGGUUACUACUUGCUUCUUACACGGUCGAAUGGAUUGGCAAGCACAUUUAAGCCAAUCAUCGCUUCGCGGAUCGCGGGUUUCAACCUUCCCGGCAGAUGGCUUCAGUAUGAUCGCUGAGCAAUCGAACCCCUAGGUGAGGCAUUUGCAUGCUACAUUGCCUGCACGUCCUUUUCCGAUAUAAAGGUCGAACAAUGUUCGCUGCCA